UAUACAUUUAAUUUUAUUUAUUUUCUGUAGCUUGCAUCCCGAUUUGGCAGUUUAAGUUUCCUGGUUUCUGUUACUGAUAUUUUUAAUUGCUUUACCAGCAUUUUUGGACUACUAUGAUAUACCUUACAAAGUUGUGGAAGUCAACCCUCUUAGCAAAAAAGAAAUCAAAUGGUCUGAAUAUCAGAAAGUGCCAAUAUUGAUGGUAGAUGGCGAGCAGCUAAAUGAUUCAUCAGCUAUAAUUGAUAAGCUGGGACUUAAGAUUCUGUCGAAGAAAAUUCCAGAGUCAACUUCUGAGGAUGAAGAGACAAAAUGGCGACGGUGGGUUGAUAACCAUUUAGUGCAUGUUCUGUCACCAAAUAUUUAUCGAAAUACCACUGAAGCACUUGAAUCCUUUGAGUAUAUUACUAGCAACGGUAAGUUGAUCCCGACCUUUGAUUAACAAAUAUAUUCUCUUAUUAUUUUUUUACACUUAUUCUAGCAUGUGCUAUGGUUUAUGCGUCUUUCCACUAAGUUUUCUGUUGUAUGGAUUGCCCUUUUCAUAUAAGCAUGGAUUUUGAACAAAAUCUGUAUUGAUGAAACAACUAAGCAUAAACUAUUAGGUGAAGACACUUGAACGAUUCUGUAUUACAAGGUUAUAAAUAGCAGAUAACGGCUAAUGAAUGUGAGCAAAAAAUCUGCCGUAUAAAUAUGGCAGAUGGCAUGGAGUCUCAUGAUGGAAGCCAUGGUGGGCAAUGAUUAUCAUCACAUAACAUAAAGGCAAUAUCAAAAGACAAAAUGA